AACUCGAGAGCGAGGGAACGGAGCGACCAAGCUUGUCCUGGUGCGCUUUGGCAUUUUCUAAAGACAAAAUUGAAGGAUUUCAUGCACGUUUAUGGUGAUUUUUUUUGGUGAAAUUUUGUCAGUAACCCCCCCCCCCCCCGGGGACCGCCGAACGGUACUGAAAGUGGGGGGGGGGGGUUCCGCGGCUCCUCCCAAGUAGGAUCAUACAGGAGAGAGAGAGAGAGAGAGAGAGAGACGGGAAAGGGAGAGGUCAUGAAUCUGAAAAAAAAGAAGAUGAAGACAUUUCCUAAGCGGGAGGGGGUGACUUCUUGAUUGUAUUAGUCGGUGCGUAAACUUUAGAACUUCUGGCCCCACUGCGUCGAGUGCUGAAUCCGGGUUUAACUGACAAUUUUUUUGAAUUACGCUCAGCAGACAGUCGAGAAGUGUAAUGACACUGGUCGGAGGCAUACCACAGGGGAUAUAGGGAUGAGCUUCGCCAACAAUAAAACCAUAAACGGAUCGAAUACUUAAGUACAUUGUAGAACUUACUAAAGCCUUCAGUACUGCAUGCUCUCGAGUCUGUACUUCGAAGUACGGCAAUAUUAACAAGAGUUACCAAGCAUAAUACCAAAGUUCAAUCGAAUUUUGUUCUUCUUCUCAAGCAAAGCUCAGGAAGGAAUAAUGUCGUAAGGAACGUGGACUUCCCCUAAGAAUAAAAAUAUUAUCAUGAUCACGAGGAACUAAUUAGAGGUGCACGAUACAUCUUGCCGGGACUAUGGCUCAGAAGGUAGCUAGACGUAGCAACCGCUCAGAGUCGAGGGGUGGACGGAACGGGGAGAUAGGCAUCUCCCUGGGAAACCCGGGUGAGGAACGGCGGUUGGCUGCUACUCUCAGGAAGAUCGACAGGGAGAAGAGGAAACGGGAAACGGCGAUGUCGUGGAACCAGCGGAGUUUCUUCAUGAAGCAGGUGUUUGACCAGGACAAUGAUCUUCGUUUUGUGAAAGCUGCACAGAGACCUAAGUAUCUCAAUUGCAUCCCUCCUCCUCCUCAGGACGGGGACAACAGUUGGCUGAAAGAGGAAUACGUGUUUUCAUUUAAACCAAAGUCGAGUACGAGCCCAGAGAGCAAGGAAUUCAAACAAGGGACUCCUGUCGAAAAGUCUCUUGAUGAAUCGCUAAAGACGAUGGGGCUUGAAGACGAAACCUCAUCAGCAGAUCAAGUUCCACAGGGGGACAAAUCUGAAACGGAUAUACAGGAAACAACGAUAACAGCAUCUAAAGAAAGCGAGCAAGCUGAGCGUGAUAGAAAGGAGGAAGAAAAGCGAGACCUGGCAAGCAGGGGGGUCUUUGGAUCCAGGAGAGAAAAGAUUAAGAUGCCACUAUUAAUGUCAGGUGCUUGGAAACAGAAACUAGAAUCUGAGAUGAAAGUUGAAGAAGUGGUUGAAGAAGACAGGGGAGAGGAGUGUAAGAAAACCAGUAAUCUUGAACCGGAAGUACAGAAAAGUGAUGUCAAAGAUGCCGAUCCCUUGAAUAAUGCGAAACCGAACCCCGGAGGAUCUGCUGAAACGGUAAAACCUAAAACAAGGUUUCCGGUUCUAAAAGUAAGAGCACUUGGCCUUUUUGCUAUGUCAUUCAAAAAAACUCCCGCGGUUCCAUCUCUUGCUUCGCAACUUCCAGUGGAGUCUCCGUCAACAAAUGACUUGAAACUAUCUUCGAUCUCUAGCCCUGAGAGAGAUGCCUCAGUCUUAACCGCUUCUUUACCGCCCCAAGCUACACCUAACGUGAAAGUGAAAGGAAGAUCGCCUCCACCAGCUUCCUCGGAAAUGCACCGCCCAGCAAGUGUUAGCCUUCCAAACUCACCCGUCACUGACAGAAAGCCGCAGUUAAUUCGGCAGCAGAGUGACCACUCGGUUCUGGUGUCAGCACCUACACGAGAUAAAUUGAUAAGAGCGAUUAAGGCAAGCGAGAACGGUCACAGCCGGUCAAGACGCGGUUCACGCCGCGACAGUACCGCUAAUCCUAAUCAAGAACGCUCAAAACGUCAUCGACAUGAAAAUGGCAUUAAAUCCGUUAAAUCCGCCAGCUCAACCUUGCCAAAGAAAACGCGCGAAAAUACAGCGAAGACCCAUUCAGCUUCCUCUCUUCCGAAAACGGACAAUCACGACAGUAGUCACAUUUGGGGUGGGAGCAGCGAAAACGAAACCCAGGAAAAGGACAACAAAGACAAUGCGCGAAAGAAUUGUGACGUCAACGAUGAGGAGGUUAACUAUCACGUGAUUCGCCGUAUUGUUAGGACGCUUCCGGCGCACCUGAUGCUGAAAACGUCAAAGAGGGAAGUUGAAGCUGGCGGCGACGUUGCUCUGUUGCGUCAAAAAAUGAAGGAUCUCGCUCGAGCGGAAGCAGCAAAGAGAGCAUCACUUGAUCAUAGAUUCAAGCAGCUUGAAAAGUCGCUCAUUAAUAGUCCCAAUGAUAUGAAGUAACAGAUGAUGCUACUGGGCAAGGAUAUGGGGGGAUUUCAAGGGGCUUGUUGUCCCUAUUUUGCUUUUAAAAAACCGGGGAAGUUACUUCCCAUGUACGAAAAGAGUACACGAGCCCUUCCGUCCACCUUUCAUUGCUCACUUUGUAUUUUUGUUUGUUAAUAAAAAAACGGAAAUAGUGAAAUAUGAUGAUUCUUUUACAUCCCCCUCCACCCCUCUUUCCCGAUUUCUUGAGUCACCAACACGAAGGCUAAGAAUAUCACAAUUACGAAUAAUUGAUUUCAUCUUGCAUUUUUUUAUCAGGUGUUCUUUUUAUUAACCCUCUCGAUCUCUCAUAUUUUGCCAUACAAUCAAUCAACCAAAGCCUCCAAUUCCUCAUUGUUACAAAGCAUAUCAAUAGAAAAUCAUUUUCAUUUUAUUCAAGAAAGGUAAUCUUAAUGCGCAAUCAUCAAUAUGCAAUUUCUCCUGAUUCUCUUCAAAUCUAUAUUCAUAUUCACUAGUUUAUGAUUUUCUGAAUGUAGUACAUGUAUUGUAUUUAAUGUGCAUUAUCUAUACCUUACUUGCCAAAGAUCACGAAGAUUUUGUGUAUUUAGAAAAAAAAAUCACCUUGUUACGUGUAUAACCUUGUGCAUAAUGAGUCAGACUGAAUUGUGAUUAAAGGAUAUCUAAAUAUAAU